AUGACCAAGUACUUGCCCAUAUCCACCGUGGAAGAUGCCUCGUUCUGCAAGCACAUCAAACUGGAGAACACCACCACCAAAACUGUCCGUGCCACCAUGGUCGACUUUGGCUUUGCUGAUGCUGGCAAGAUCAAGAGCGAUGUGGGCUCGUGCUCGACGGCUAGAGCUCAAACAGGACGGCGUAUUGUGUGCUUGAGUCGUAUUGCAUAG